CUCAGCUUUGUACACACUACAGAGAGCGGUAUUACAGCAGCCUCUUUAGGAAAGGAACCGGUUGGACGACAUGUCUCAGAUGCAAAUGGGGAAUGAGAAGCUGUCACACAGUCUUUGAAACAUUUCUGAGACCUGGGAAAGUUUCGUGUUUACGGUUGUACUGUACUGACUGCAUUUAAAGGAGUCUACAUGAGCAGGUAGCAUCACAAUGGAGUUUGCGUGUGGAUUUGUUUAUGUGCCGCCAGCACUGAGUCAGAAGAUCGGCCAAAAAUCCAACGUCAACAAGCGCUCAGCUCUUCUCCCUCCUGUAAACCGGAUCCGUCCUUGCAGACCUCCCCCUCCUCCUCCAACAAACUCUGCACAAGCCAAAUCACCGAAACCCCUCCGACCUCAUCCAAAGGUUAUCGAGCAGUUGGAAAAGAGCAAGGAGGUGAAGAAGGCUGUGAAGUCGACUGUUUUCUAUGAAAAUGCAGAAUUUCACAAUAAAACAGAAGCAUCUAUAACUCCUCCUCGCAGUAUAACUCCUCCUCACACAACCCCUCCUCGUAGAACAGCUCUUCUUCCACCACACAUGAAACUAUCAUCCACCAACCAGACCCCUCCGUACAGCCAGCCGUUCAAUCCCUCCAGCACCAACAGUCAGGAGUUUACUUACGACCUUCCAAAAAAUGAGCCAGAUUUAAACGCAAGUCUCUGGGACCCAAACUACUCGUACAUCACACCUGAAGGCACGGGGGGCGAGGUGAAGCUGCCAUCUGAUACUAACAACGGCCAAUCAGCCAAGGCUCUAGUCCCACCUCUUCCUCCGAGACCUUCAUUCAUGAAGUCAAUGCCGUUGUACUUAGUGCUGCUACCCACGCCUCAAUCAUCUUCCUCAUCACCUCAGAAAACAGACUCGCCGCUUAUCCCAUCGCCUACAAGCAAAGCAGAUAAGGGGCCUCUUUCGGGAAAUCCUAACGUACUUCUGGUCAGUUUAGGAAAGUUACUCUCAGAGGAAAGAGGGCAGACCAUGCAAGGGGAACCCACGUCCUGCUCACAGUGUGGCUCUGUGCUGGACUCGGGCCAUGAAAACCUGGUAAAGGAGUGUUACUUCUGUCGGGCUUGGGAGCCACAGUCUCCUGUAACUGGUCACCGGGAUGGCCUGUUUUCACUCUGUCCUGAUGAAACGCCCCUGGGUGACGAUGACUCUCUGCUGCUCUUUUGCAUCGACAUCUCGGGCUCCAUGAGCAUCACCGCCGAGAUGUCAGACGGAGAGAAUGUGGUCCACAGAUCCCGUCUGCAAUUUGUCCAGGAGGCUGUGCUGCAGUGUGUUCAGAGACUGAGUCAACAACAACCUGACAUUAGAGUGGGACUCAUCACCUUCAACUAUCAGGUGACGAUGCAUGGAAACGAGAUUUUCACGUCACACUCUCUGAGCGGUCCAGAGUUGAUUGAGAGCAACUUCCUGAAAGAGGCUGCAGCCAGUUUCCCCACUCCUCCUCCUCUCUCACAGACCAGGGACUACUUACAGAAACAAGUUAUGGGAUUAUCUGAAGGCGGGACAACGGCUCUCGGGCCAGCUGCUCUCCUCUCCAUUGCAAUAGCCUCCAGACAGCCGGGUUCCAAGGUGAUUAUCUGUACAGAUGGGAAGGCCAACACAGACUUGGGGAAUCUGGAGGUGGAGGAUCUUGACGCUCACACCCUCCUCUCAUCCACCAUCUUCUACCAGGAGCUCGGGCUCUACGCUGCCAAUCAGGGUGUGACCGUGUCUGUGCUGUCGAUCGAGGGAACAGACUGCAGGCUGGAUGAGCUGGGGAGACUGGCUGAUCGCACCGGAGGGACAGUGGUGAUAGCCAGCCCCAACAAGCUGCACUCAGAGUUCGAAAACAUUAUCGAGAACAGGACGAUAGCUACACACUGCACCGUCACACUACUGCUGCCACAAUCACUGCGCAUGAGAGGAGAGAGGGAGGCCAGACACAAAGUGAUCAGAGAGGUGGGGAACGUGGAUCCGGACACAGAGAUCACCUUGCAGUUUGGAGCCAGCGAACAGGACACAGAGGUGUUGGCGCCGGCCUCUGGCAGCCGUGUGUCCAUCCAGCUGCAGAUCAGGUACCGUCAGAGGAGAGGACGGAUGAUGCUCAGAGUGAUCACUGCAGACCGAGACGUUACUGAUGACAGCGCGGCAGCCCUGUCCUCCCUCUCUCUGGCCAUCAUUCAGCUCAACUCGUCACAGGCCAGCGCUGCUCUGGCUGUCAGAGGACGCUUCCUCGACGCCAGGAGGGAAGGAGAGCUGCAGAGGAAGUUGAUCGAGAGAGCCAUAGAGCAUAAUAGCAGUGCAGAGGACCAUCAAAUAUACCAGGAAUGGGUUAAAACCAUGGAGCCUAUAUACAACAACAUACAUAACUUCACACGGAGAAAAUCAGUUGAUUCCGACUCACAGUCUCUAACAGACGCUGGUGCAGCGCUUCUCUACGCCAUGAAGCACAGCAACAGGAAGUCCAUCUCGCUGAAGAAUAAACAGAAACUCUAGCCAACAGUCAGCCUCCACCUUUCAUCUCGUUGGAAGCAACUCAAGACACGAAUGGAAAGGAUAAAUACUGCAGCUUGACUUUGACUGACUUAUCUGGCUGAAUGAAUAUCCCAAUAUAAAUAAUGUAUUACAGCGUAUCAACAUAAAACACGGUCAUAAAGAGACUCAUUUCUCAGAGCAGAAACCCAGAGGAACUCGGCCAGGACAGAGUUCCCAGACACCGACCUCCUAAGCGUUAGAAAGCCUCAAAUGUCCAGUAGCCAAAAUCAAACAAAACAAUUCUAUAGGCCUACAGGUCAUUUUAGGAUACCGUCAAUCACAGAUACUGGCAAGGCCAUGUUCAAAACAAAAGUUUGAAAUCACACUUACCAGCUCUGAUGAUGUGUUGUUAUCCUGCUGACAACGCAAAUGUGUGGUGGAAACUUCUGAAGCAAUGGAAACGAAACAGAGAGACGCUGAGAGCAGGAACUGAUGGCAAAAAAUUGACAAAUGACAAAAACCAAAUGCUUACUUAUUUUGGGUUUUUUUCCCCCGUUUUUUUGAAACAGCAUAUGUCCAAAAAGAAAAUGCUCAAAAACGAAUGCUGAGUAGGGGUUACGCCCUCUCUCUCUCCAGCUCCUUAGCUUCCUUCAGCAACUCAGAAAAAGUCAGGUUUCGGUUUUUCGCACCUGUCUCUGUAGUUCUUUCUUCAGAGGCCUAGUUUGCAGGCCGGGUAUCAUCUAAUCCCUCAGUGUGUGUAUUAGAUGUGCAGAACCAUCUGGCUCAGCAGCCCCCCACCUUUGAAAAGCUUCUCUUAACCGAAGGCUCAAAUCUGCUAGUGUCUCCCCAACACCUUGAUUAAGGUUAAAGAAAGCCGUGCGGGCCCCGGCCGUGGUGCAACUGGCUGGGGCACCUGCACCGUACACCUGCAACCCGGGUUCGAUUCCCGACUCGUGGUCCUUUCUGGAUCCCACCCCGACUCUCCCACUUUCCUGUCACUCUCCACUGUCCUAUCCGAUUAAAGGCAAAAAGCCCCCCCAAAAUAUGUUCAAAACAAAACAAAAAAAAGAAAGUCAUGCGGAGAUCCGCUGGUGAGGCACGCCCUCUAUCCAGACCUCAAAGAAAGUCACAUAUUUUAUUGGCAGGCUGAAGACUGCAGACUGCACUCGGCUUUCUCAAUAAAACAGAAGACCCAUGCUUUGUCAAACAGUUGAUUUGUGAGCCAGGUUUCUCCAGAUGCUGAUGUACAGUCUAAAUAAAGAAACUGCUGAUGCUG